GUCGCCAUCAUGCAUAUACAUAACACCGAUACUGGCACUACAAAUCACUCCCUCACUGUUUUCUACCGUCAGUAUGUUUGCUUCGUGGAGGCAAGUGGUGCUACUCGAACAAUGGACAUGAUUAGUUUAAGCGCCAUCUCAUGAGGCGUUACUGGAGCAGCGUAUCGGGCGAGGACAGACAUGAUGCAAGGCAUCCUUUGGGUCACCUUGGUGGUCACCGUAACCCUAGCAACAGCUUUUUCAGAUCCCUCUGACGACGACUGUCUGGACAUCGCCGUGAUCGGCGGCGGUAUCGGGGGCGCCUACACCGGGUGGAGACUGAGGGACAGAGGUCUCUCCAUCUCCGUGUUCGAGUACUCGGACCGAGUCGGGGGGAGACUCUUCUCUGCCGAGCUGCCUGUCGCCCCGGGGACGUACCUCGAUUUUGGGGGGAUGAGGUUUAGGGCCAGUGUUCAUACUACUUUAAACAGAACGGCAACAGAGAUUGGACUGACCAUCAUCCCCUUCAAACAGGGAUACGGGAUCCCGGAUGAGACGCUCUGGUACACCCGUGGCAAACGCAUGCGCAAUACUGACCUCGGAACAAGACGCGUGCCCUACAACCUUGACGAAGAUGAACGAAAGGACCCGGACAUAUUGAUUAGGGAACUAUUAAAAAACAACGUCAACAUCAGCAGCAGCAGCUUCCUCAGCCUUGAAGAACUGUACUCCUUGACGACCACGGACGGAACUCCUCUGUACAAGAUGACGAUUGAUAACUUCUACGGACGAUAUGCAAGCAGGGAAGCCUACAAUUACGUGUUGGACACCAGUGGUUGGGCUGAAGCCGUGGGGCCACAGGGAGCCCUCAAAGUCCUCAAAGUCUACCUACCUCACUCCGGGGGCACGGGGCAAUCUGAAGAAUUCCAGACAAUCGAGGGUGGAAUGGGACGGGUUCCACAGACUCUUAUGGAGAAAUUCUUGAAAGCUAGCGCCAGUCACAAGCUCCACCUGAACCACCAGCUGAUGAGGAUGGAGAAGAGACAGACUGGAGGAUACAACCUCAGAUUCAGGAAGACUCAGACAACCGAAGGUGUCACAACACCUGUACAGACUUCUACGAGUGACGUGACGAUGUGUGCGAGAAAGGUAGUGUUGGCUGCCCAGAAGGAAUGUAUACAAGAGAUUGACUUCCCCGAGUUCAAGAACAACCCCGAGAUUGUGAAGAAUCUUGACUCGGUCCUUGGAUUUCCAGCUGGUAGAAUCUACCUCGCCUACAACACCAAGUGGUGGAAGAAUGGCAACCCUGACAUCACCCACAGCAAGAGUGACCUACCCAACAGACAGACCUAUGACUGGUCCACCGGCACCAACAACGUCUCCAUCAUCAUGGCGUCCUACCACGACGGGGACUUCGCACACUACUGGCGAGAACUGAGUCAGUUCGGGACACCCAUCCCUGGCAGUCUCCCAGGAGUGAAUGCCGUUACCGACGUCGUCAAGAAGAGAGCUGAGAAGUACCUGAGCGCCAUCUACAACGUCAGCCAAGCUGACAUCCCCGAGGCUGUUGGGGGCGCAAUGAUGUUGUGGGACAAGUAUCCGUUCUCUGCUGCAUGGAGCUACUUCAAGCCCGGGUUUGAUGAGCGACAAGUCCGCGAUGUAGUCUACAAACCGUCCCCGUCUGACCACGUGUACAUCGUCAGCAACUCCUGGGCUGCAGAUGAUAUGCAAGGGUGGUCAGAAGGAUCACUGAGGGCUGUUGAUGCUGUGAUAGCAAAAUACUUCAGUGGAUAGACAUGGCAGACACAUGUUCUAACAAACUAUCUUUGUGUUACGAAUGUGGUUAACCAAAAAUAACUUGCUAUUGUAAAUUGUGAUACCAUUGAGUAUUUAUGUGGUUUACGUUUUGUCUCGGAGAAAGCCUGUUGAAUAUUAAAAGCUCAAUA